UGCAGCUGUGAUCCGCUCUUUUUAUAUCUUAUAUUCCUAUUGUUAAGUCUACGUUCAUCAUAUUUAUCAAAAUGUGCUCAAAUAUUGCAAUAACGGUAAUAUUGCAAAACAAAUUGAUGUUAUUACCAACACUUCGAUUUGUCAUACGUUAUAUCACAUCUCUGUAUUUUACAAAAGAAGCGAUGAACAAUGUCAUGAAUAUUGCAAAAGUUUCGUAAUUACGAGUCAUGUGGGAGCAAAUGCAGAAUCGAGAAUGUAUUAGCAUUAUUGCCACUCGCGUUGAUAUAAUCUCGCUCAUGACAAUCGAAUCUAGCGCAGUCGAGUACGCACACGAUUGUAAAUAUGUUUAUCAAAAUUUGCUUCUUCGUUUCCUUGAUAAGCGCGAGUGCCGGUGUGUACACGACAAUCAGCAGUAAGGCUAACAAUAUUACGUUCAAGUACAUGAAGGGAGUCGAAGGGGAAAGUGAUUUACAUAGCUGCGAACCGUACGAGGUAUGUAAUGUGAUUCACGACCGAUUUUGGAUGUCCGGUUUGACGGAAAGACUUUGUCACUGUCCUAAUGGAAUAGAAUGUCCAUGGCAAUGGACGAAAAACUUUGAUAACUCAACCAUGUUUCUCAAUAACAGAUCCGUUCUAAAGUUCUGCACACAAUUAAUGGAACUGGAGACAUGCACGCACAAACAAGAAGCAGUGGUAGUACAUGGAGAAGGUGAUACGAAUAAUAGUUAUAUAAUACCGUACAACGUAACAAUAAGUUGCAUAUGUCCGCAAACACACUACUGGAAGAUACAGAAAUACACGUACGAAGAGCACGGUCUCGUUCAAAUAUUCAGAUGUGUCAAGAAAAGAAUGUGCGAGUCUUUGGAGUUUUGCGGGUAUAUACGAUCUGAUCUAUACUCGACAUAUUACAAAUGUACAUGCCCAGAAAAGCACUUGUGCGUUUUCAAGGAUAAAACACAGGUAAAUGUACAGGAAUUACUCUAUUCCGGGCCUGCUUAUACGGCUUAUUGUUACCGUUAUAAAGACAUUACAAUUUAAUAAAUGUGUUAAAAGUACUUUUAUAGCGAUAUCAUGUAUGUAAAAUACAAUAAAUGUUAAAUGUAUCUCGAAA